AUGACUCAGAGAUAUAACAUAACCUUUCAUGCAGUAAAAUCAAAUAAUGAUGUCGUCAAAUUUGAGGAGUCUUUGGACCCUUACUCUGCAUUCCGGAGAGCAUCCGAGGACUCCACAGUCCCUGAUCAACCUCUUUGGGGUCUUUUAGUGUGGCAAGUCGUUGGCAUCUUUUUGCUUGGUCUCAUUUUGAUAUGUAGGUACUUUUAAUUUUGAGUUUGUUAUAAAUUUUGAAGAACCUUUUCCUUUUUAAAAACCUAUUCUAUCUAUUCAAUCUUGUAUAAGCUGGAGAAAACAAGCCAUUUGGAAAACGACAACACCGAGCCGGUAAUGUCUGAAAAAAAACUACUUUCAUUUACAUAACGCACUUUCGUUCAAUAUCAAUCGUUGCCUAAAAAAUGACCUAAAAUGGCUGUUAUUGUAUUGCUUUUCCCAAAAUUAAUCAAGGGAAAAUAUAAUGUAAGGCUUCACGGCUUGGAUUGUUUAUUGUAGGUGCCGUGUCUUGUUAUUGCUGCGAACGUUACUCAGUAAGGAUUCCAAAGACUAAGACAGAAGCUAACUUGGCUGAACACGAUCAAAAGCUUUCCGCCUUGGAUGAGUUCUCAAGAGUAAAAUACGACAAAAGAAGACUGAGCGGCGAGUCUGAACUGCUGCUUUAACUGCUAAGAGAAAGACUGGAACAUUGAUUAACCUCGACAUUGUGAACUGAACAGUUUGGAGUUUGUUAGUUUUGUGGCUGGUGGGUUCAUUGGCGUAAAUAAGGAUAUUGUUUCUUGUCUGUGAAGAAAGGUGAAGGUCUGUUGCCGUGUCCUUAAAACAAUUUCAAUGGCAAACGAGGUGUUUUGCUCAAAAUUAAGCAUCAUGUAAUCGCUCUUUUCUCGAGUAACCUCGUAAAAUCUACCAUUAGACUCGAUCUUGAAUGGUAAGGUUUCAGUUAAAAAAAUAUACAUUUGGUCAGAGACUGAGGCUGUGUGGAAGGGUGAGAAGUCAGCUUCUAGGGGGUGUUAAUGUAAAAUAAAGUAAAAUUACACCCAGUGUACUCCGAAAAUGACACCUUAUGGGCUUCUGUCAAAAAGACAAUUCCAUAAAAAAAUUUGCAAAUGUCAGAGA